GCGCAGUUGGUAGAGUCCGAUGUCCUCUGCUUGCUGAGUGAAGAGCUAAAGGCUAAAGGCUACAGUUUGGUGUAAACAGAAGGAACCAUGGUGAACUUCAUAGGACUUGCCCGUGAGCAUUGGGUGAACAUACUGGUGCCCAUGGGCUUUGUAAUCGGAUGGUACCUUGACAAACAACAGGACCAGAAGCUGAUGGCUUUCAGGAACAAAAGUGUUUUGUUCAGCAGGGAGCUGAAGCCUGGCGAGGAGGUGACCUGGAAGUAGACUGCCCCUACCUGGAAUGUGUCCUGUCCCCUGUGGUGUGAAUGACUGAUGAGAAUGUUUAAGAAGACUUCUGUAUCUCUGUAUUUUAGUUGUAUCAACCGAUAAUAAACAUGCCCUUUCUCAUCAA